UGCGGCGGUUGUAGAGUCAGCAAGCCGAUUGUUAUUUGCCGGGCUGCGUUCGCGGCGCCUCUCGGCCACCGUCCAUCGACGCGAUGCGCCGGCUGGCCAAGAGAAGGCGGAAGGAAAAUUCGCUGCUCGGACGCUCCGCAGCCGGCCGGCUGGCUGGAUACAGUAGGAGUAGGCGGCCGAGGCAUUAGUACCGGGGGAUCUGGGCUAAAUCUCCAGGGUUGCCCUGGCUGCGGCCGCCGGGCCCGUUUCCGUCUCCUAGCAACGGCGCGACCCCUGACCCCAGGUCGGGGACUGCAACAUCUGGGCAUCCUCCGUCCUGUUCCAGCGUUAAUAAUUAGUUGCUCUAACCGAGCUAUUUAUAUAAUGUUUACAUCUGCAUAAAUCGCAUAUAGGUGUUUUUACAUAGUACUUUGAUUGGAGGUGUCAAUAUAAAGGUGCAUUUGGCAGUAUAUUAGAUCUUGGGGGAGAUGCAGCCAAGUGUGGGCCCUGCUCCCAAUUGGGAGGCAGCUACAACGGAGGGUUUGGACAGGAAGGAUUCUGCUGGGAGCCUCACCGCCGCCACCUGUACCAACAGCUCUCCGCUCAGCAGCGGCAACAACAGCCCCCUCUCUGAACCGGAGGCCGGACCUACCCCUGAAACUGCAGCCAGGCACAGUCCCACUGAGACCUUGGAUCUUCUCAGUCUGGUGGUGGCUUUCAAGAGGCUGGAGAUCUUUGCUGAACCGCUGUACGACUUCUGGGAGCUGCUGAAAUACUUAAUCAGAUGGAAAGCUCCCCUUUGCUCCCUCGUGUGCUGUGUUACACUCAAUGUGCUGUUUCUGGCUCUCAGCCAAGCUGGUUGGUUCAUCCUGCUCGCCAUGGUUAUCUCUACCCCUGCUGUACUCGGAUAUCUGCAGGACUGUUGCCAGGAACAACUCACCGAGCAAGCCCUUGCACAGCGGAAGAGUCAUAGUGUCCGAAGAGAGGAUCUUCAGAAAGUUAAAAUCACCAGGCAGGAAGCUCUGGUGGAAAUCAAAACUUUCUUAAUUCAUCUGGACGAUUUGCUGAACAAGACUUGCAUCAGUUGUGAAGCUGCGUACCGUGUCCUGUACUGGGAAGAUCACACUGUGUCUGUCCUGUUUUACGGAACCUUGUUGGGUAUACUCUCUCUUCUGUACUUACUCCCCCUCUGCUGGGUCCUGACCCUGUUAAACAAUGCGAUAUUUCUGGGCAAUGCUAACUUCUACCACGUGCUGAGCUGGGUUAUAAGGAUGCAUGCUCCACACAGCGGGUUUGAUAGGCUGAGGAAGUCGACAUUGACAUGUACACCUCGUAGUGGAGGAGAGCAUUCUCAGCAGAGUCUGCAGGGAGCAGUGUGCUGCUGGGGCACUGGACUGCCAGAAGUAUUGCUUUUCCUGUGGGAAAGAAGGAAGUGGGAAUUCCAACGAUGUGCCAGCAUCUGCAAGGAGUCCAGAGUGAACGUUCCACAUAUAGAGAUUCUCCAGAAAAAGCAGCCAAAGCCUCCACUGUAGUGGCUACCUGUAGAAUCAUUGUCUGCUCUUCACUAGGGUCCUGUCUGCUAUGAUUCCUCAGCCGUGGUUCCAUACCCUUUGGCCAACUAAAUGCAGUAAGAGUUUCAACCCUCUAUCAGGGUAUCUUGGUGGUAGAGGCAGUGGUGGUAGGCAUUAGUAGGGCAAAAGGGAAGGAGUUCCAAAUUACACUAGAGUGAACCAUAAGGAACAUGAACUGGAUUAAGCUAUCUGGCCCAGUGAGCUUGCUUCGCCUAAGAAAGAUCAUGGCUCAUCUAGCCGAAGAUUUCACCUCCCUUCACAUCCAUAACAUCUCUCUUUGGCAUGUUAGCCAUGUCUUCCACACUGAAGGCCAACAUGAAAUGGUCAUUCAAGGCCUCAGUCAUUUCCACAUUACUCAGUAUUAAAUCCCCUUCUCAUCUUUAAAAGGACCUUUGUUUACUUUAGUCACUCUUUUCCACUUUAUAUAAUUAUUUUUAAAAACUUUUACUAUCUGUUCUUGUAUAUUGUGCAGGUUUACUUUCAUUAUCUGUCUUCCUUUUCUUGUGUUUUAAAUAUCAAAUGGUUCACAUUUUGAUAUGUUCAAGAUGAAUGUUUGCUUUUAAUUUUGUGGGUUUAGCUUGGGUGGGAUGAUUUGAAAUGAUCUGGGAUAGAUAAAUUGUGCCUUUUUCAGGCUAUGUCCAUACUAGACUAGAUAAUUUUGAAAACACUGGUUUCGUGUAAAAAUGACAGACAUCCACACUAGGCGUUUUUGAAAAUACCUCCGUCCACAUUAAAACGGGUAUUUGGGUGAAUCGCCUCCUACUGGGCAUGCGCAGGACACACAGAAAACAAGCGAAGAGGAAACGGUGCGCGUUUGUCUAGUUACAGACUAGAAAAACUUCAAAGGAAAUUGCCAAAUGAAAGACUUGGUGUGCGUUUGUCCAGAAACAUUUCCUACAGCCACAGUCUCUUCACCGAUGAAAGGGGCGACAGCUACAACUAAAUGCAAUAAGGCUUGUUACUGGGCAAAAGUGAAAUUUGCUGUUACCUCAUUUGUUUGCCUUUACUUUUGCCAUAUCUUUGUGUAUUAUUUUGCUGUAUUUAACAUGUGCAAUAAAAUGAUUUACUGGGCAAAAGUGACAAUUGCAGAUAUUGAAUGUUUGCACAAGCAAUACAUUAAUAAAGCACCUUGUUAAAUGUAUAAAACAUGUCUGCAUCAGUGUUAUCUUGUAUUUCCGUACAAUGUUAC